UCAAAAUAAUGACGUCAGCUGUAAGGUUGGACUCGAAUGUUAGAACGUUGUUUUGCUACAUAAGUGCCGUCAGUUUCUAUUUGUUUUUACGAAAAUCGUAGGCUAAUAAUAUUCAUAUCCUUUCAUUCAUCGGUCAUAGUUUUUAUAUUUUGGCGUAAAGUAGGCUUAUUUGCUAGAAGAAUCAGCAAAAAUGAAAUGGAUGUUUAAAGAGGACCAUUCCUUGGAGCACCGAUGUUUGGAGUCUGCAAAAAUCCGCAACAAAUAUCCUGACAGGGUUCCGGUGAUUGUGGAGAAGGUGUCCGGCUCACAGAUCGUGGACAUCGACAAGCGAAAGUACCUGGUUCCUUCGGACAUCACGGUGGCCCAGUUCAUGUGGAUCAUCAGGAAGAGGAUCCAGCUGCCCUCGGAGAAGGCCAUCUUCCUGUUCGUCGACAAGACCGUCCCGCAGUCCAGCCUAACGAUGGGACAGCUGUACGAGAAGGAGAAGGACGAGGACGGCUUUUUGUACGUGGCCUACAGCGGGGAGAACACGUUCGGCUUUUAGACCCUCGUAGCAGUGAUCGCCACCUCCCCCUCGACCGUUAUGCCACAUCGCCCCUCUUCCCAGCCCUCUCAGACAAGCUUGAUUGUACUGUCGACAAACUGUCGUUUGGAUGAAAAGCAGAACAAGAAGAGAAGAAUGAUUCCCGUAUUAAUCAUAUUAUGGAUGCAUCUGUAUCUCUGGUACUCUUAAUAUUGCAUUGAAGCUGUAUACAUUGUUAGAUUGUUAAAUUAUGUUUAGUGAAGAACACGAAAAAAUGGAGUGCCAUUUUAUGUACACUUGGGUCAUUGGAGGGUUUUCUGUAUUGGAAGUGCUUGAUAUUUUCAUUUCAUUUUGUUCUACUGUUGUUUGGAGUUUUGUUUUCCUUUGAGAUUAUAUUUUAAAGAAUUGAAAUUAAUAUUGAAGGUAAGGUAGCUGGAUGACCUAACCAAUAAAGAAUACAUUUAAAA